CUCGCGUCGUCGCAGAGAGCAGUUGUGUGGUGUACGUCUCUUCGACCUCCGUCACUGAUAUUCAGUCAUGGAGUUGCACCUGAACGGAAGUGAAAGCCUCAAUGGGACUUCAACGUUGAAUGCUUCGUGCGGACCAACAGAUCUGAGUUUGGAAAAUCAAAUUCCGACAUCCAUGAUCAUCGGCAUCCUUGUCACAAUUGGGUGUUUCAUAUUAACUGGCUUCUCCCUUUCUAUAAGGAAAAAAGCCUUGAUUAUUGUGGCACUCAACGGUUCUAACCCAGCGGCUGAGGGUGGACUAGGCUACCUCAAGUCAGCCUUAUGGUGGCUGGGCUUCGCUCUAACGGCCAUCUCGCAGAUAGGUGUAGGAGUAUGUCUUAACUUCGUCCCAGCCAUCAUCGUAUCGCCGUUGGGAGUCCUCAACAUUGCUAGCUCAGCAAUGGGAGGGCGGUGGAUUCUGAAGGAAAAGAUAGGCGUUUUCGGAUGGGUGGGAUGCUGCAUUCUGAUGAUCGGCAUCGCCAUGUUUGCCAUCAUCGCACCUAAAGAAUUGGAUUUGAAAACUACGGAGGAUUUUGUGCAGCUUCUCGUAUCUAUAAAUUUUAUUUCCUUUUAUAUAGUAAUUUUUCUGUGCACAAUUGUACUUUUGAUUUUAGCUCCCAAGUAUGGCUCACGGCACAUUUUGAUUUAUGCGUUUAUUUCUGGUGCCGCUGGCACUUUGCUGUCUUGGCUGACGAAAGGCAUUUUAAUUUUUGUUUCCACGGGUGUCUUCGAUCAUUGGCUUUUAUGGGUGUCGAUAGCAAUAAAUUUGUCAAUUAUUUUAUUUCAUUUAUACUACAUGCAUAUUUUGUUGCACUUGUACGAAACAUCGGCUGCAGAAGCUUCAGUCACAGUAAUCAUGUCCACUCUAAUUGUUUCUUCAUCGUCGUUUAUCUUUCCGAUCCAAUAUAACAUCACUUUGAGGGAGGGAUUUUUGAUGGCUUUUAGUUUCACCACAAUCGUGUUAGGAUUAUUUGUGCUGAACUUUGGUAAACACGUGACGGUAAAUUUCAAGGAAAUUUUACUAAAAGAAGUUAAAUAUGCGACUAUGGAGGGCCCAACAGAAACUGACGCGAAAGUGAAUUGCGGCACAGACAACGAAAUGUUCAGAAAAACUGAGGAGUGAGAACCCUUCAGUUAUCUCCAUGCAUGUUUGACAUUU